ACUCUGAAAGUCGGUUUGACCGCGUUUUGGCUUGGUUUGUUCGUUCGUUCGUUGGUUCGUCGUUCUUGCAAUCCUUGAGUUUUCUCGUGGCUGGCUUCGUGGUCGUGGUGCUUGAGCCGAGCUUGUGCUUGCUUGUAGGCCGACGUUCGGGUUGUUAGUUCGCACCGCCCAUCGCCCCUCACCCCAUCAAGCAGUCAAACAGUGCUCGGACAUUGCACACCUGAAUCCCGGUCCGGAAUCCCAAGCCCCAAAUCCAGAGCCCGCACGAAUCCCGGGAUUGAGAGAGCGAGGCUAGCCAGCCGCCCAAGGGUUGUCGGUCGGGGACUGAAACCGCCCACCUACCCACCAUGAAUCCAGCCAUCAAUCGGUGCGGCUGAAUCCCGCCCUCAUCUCCUAGUCCGGCCCGGCCACGCCAAUCCGGGGUGCUCGAGUCGUGCUUGUUUUCCAGCCUGUGUCUGGUGGGCCCGCCUUUUGGCCCUUUGAGCGUUGUUGUGGGUGAAAUCGCGCAGUCACCGCUUCGUGGUCCGGCCUUGCCUACCCCAGUGUGGGAGUGCCUGUCCCGCCCAGCCUCUGCCUCCUCCCCUCUGUCGCUCGGGGCAGGGCCCAUGUCGGGUGCUACCUCCAAUGUCACCCAUGGCGCGGCACCGGCGGCCGUGCCCACCACGGCCACCACUUUGGUGAUGGCGGCGGCCAGCUCGGGCAGUGGGACCACCACCACCACGGUAUUGAGUAGUGCCCAGGCUACGCAAUUGCUACAACGCCUUCAACAGAGUCAAGGGGGCGGCGUGUUGGGUGCUACCGGGGGUGGCGGCCACACCAUCAAAAUACAGGCCGUGCAAACGCACCCGCAAACCGGCGUGCGUCAAAUUAUCGCCAUUCCUAUCCACACCACCAGUGCCGCUCAGUCCCCCCACCCGUUAACGCCGUCCACUUCCACUCACGUGACGGAAAGCACCAUGUUGUACGCCAGUGGUGCCCAUGCCAAUCCCGGCAAGUUGACCAUCAGUCCAAUGAAGGCCAAAAUGUCCGGCUUGGGCUUCGGUCCCAAUGUAAAGGUAGUCAAGAUUGCCUCUUCCGCCAAUCUGAGCGGCCUGAGUCUGGUUCAAAGUACGCCCACGCAAGUCAACGCCCCCACCUCGAUGAUCACGUCCCACGGGUCGCGGGACAAUCUAACCCUGAACAACGUCCUAGGCUAUGGCACGCCGGGAAAUGGAGGAGCGGACACGCCCGGGUCGGGCAGUCGCAAAAGAAAUGACAUUGACUUUGACGCCUUUUCGGACGCGAAACGUAAGAAGACCGAAAAGGGGGGCAAAGGGCUGCGUCAUUUCUCCAUGAAGGUGUGCGAAAAAGUCCAAGCCAAAGGUACGACUUCCUACAACGAAGUGGCCGAUGAGCUUGUGGCUGAACUCACGGAUCCCCGUUGUACUUCGCCAACAGAUCAACAAUAUGACCAGAAAAACAUUCGCCGACGGGUGUACGAUGCGCUCAAUGUCUUGAUGGCCAUGAAUAUUAUCAGCAAGGAGAAGAAGGAAAUCAGAUGGUUAGGCUUACCAACGAACUCUGUCCAAGAGGCCAACAAUCUUGAGGUUGAUAAGGUGAAGCGGAUGGAGCGCAUCAAAGCCAAAACCCAACAGUUGCAAGAUCAUUUUGAUGAACACUCAAAACCAAUUUGCAAAUGUAUCGGAUUUUGAUGACGUAGAAGUUAAUUAAUCAGUCAAAUGAUUAUUUCUGCCUUGGAUUAUAUAUAUGUUAAAUACUAGCGAAUUUCAAAUAAACAGUUCCCUUGCCUUAA